GUAUCUACUCUUUCUAUAACAUACUUAGUAUAAGUUCAAAAAAAUUUCAUUAAUUGAAUAUACCAUAAUUACUUUUAUAAUUGUCCCUUGCGCCAAUUCAGACAAAUUCUCUAGGUUCAAUUGCUGCAAUUCAGUGUCGAUUGAAGUCUUUCUUAAAAAUAAGUACAUCUAUUCAAAAUGGCUCCCUCCGGUCAAUCUCCGAUCCUGGUGCGCAAUGCAAAGCUUGGUGAUGCUGCUCAAGUCGCUAAACUUGGUUCUUUUGUCUUCAGCGCCACCUUUGGCCAUUCAGUUGAACCACACCAAUUACAAACCUACCUCGAUGAAUCCUACAGCGUAACAGCAACCGUUGCAGAUAUUUGCAAUCCCGAAAAAGAUAUGAUCGUUGCAACUGAGCAAGAGAAUGAAGAUAUCAUCGCUUUUGCUCUUUUGACCCGUGGAACAAGCGAACCGUGCGUGCAGCAUCUGCAGGAUGCAGUCGAGCUGCAAAGAAUAUACGUCCAUCCAAGUGCUCAUGGCCAGGGCGUUGGAAAAUUAUUAGCUGAUAGGCUGGAGAAUAUUGCCCGAGAUCAGAAAUUUCAGCAUAUAUGGCUUGGUGUUUGGGAGGAGAACCACCGAGCAAUGAAAGCAUAUGAGAAAUGGGGAUAUAAGAAAGUCGGAGAGCAUGACUUUACGAUAGGGGAGAUUGUACAAACAGAUUACAUAUUAAUGAAACAGCUAUAAGGUAUUGAAGGGUCAAAAUAGAUAUUAAGAUUAUAAGAGAUCUACAUCCUUCUCCCUCUUUCUUCUGUUUUCUAUAUUAGUAGGAAGUCUUUAUAUUUAUGAUCUUCCUUUCUCGAUUUAUAGCUCGAAUAUGAUAUGAUUAAACAUUACUGAUUCUUAUCCCUGGGAAUAUAAGUUAGUUAGUAUUAAUAUAACGUGGUUUAUUUGUAUAUAA